ACAUCUCUCUCUCUCUCAUCUAAACUUCCUUUUUAUGUCAAGACUUGAAGUUCUACCCAAGUGAAAAAAAGAAGAUAUGAGAGGGUUCAUAGUGCAGCAAACCCUAACACCAGAAGCUGCAAGUGUGGUGAAGCAAGCUAUGGCGCAUGCAAGGAAGCGGGGCCACGCACAAGUGACCCCACUCCACCUUGCAAGCGUCAUGCUGGCUUCUCCCACAGGAUUGCUCAGAAGAGCAUGUCUCCACUCCCACUCUCAUCCCCUACAAUGCAAAGCCCUGGAGCUCUGCUUCAACGUUGCCCUAAAUCGUCUCCCUUCGUCGUCUUCUUCUUACUCUACUUCCAUGUUUGGCCCUCACCCCCAAAACCCUUCCGUCUCCAACGCACUCGUCGCGGCGUUCAAGCGCGCUCAGGCUCACCAGAAGAACCAGCACCACCAGCCACCCGUUCUCGCCGUGAAGAUUGAGCUGGAGCGGCUCCUCGUCUCCAUCCUCGAUGACCCUAGUGUGAGUAGAGUCAUGAGGGAGGCUGGGUUCUCUAGCAUCCAAGUCAAGUGUAGUGUUGAACAAGCCCUUUACAUGGAACUCUCCUCUACUCAUCAUCAAAACCCUAAAACUACAGGAAACCCUAGCCAAUGCAAAGCCAACCAUGAAGAUGUGAUGAGUGUGGUUGAGAGCUUGAUGAACAUGAGGAGGAGAAACAUUGUUGUGGUUGGUGAGUGCAUUCAAACCCUAGAAGGUGUGAUUAAUGGAGUUAUGGAGAAAGUUGAGAGUGGAGUAGAUUUGUGUGAGGGUUUAAAGGGUGUUAAGUUCAUUAGUGUCCCACUCUCUACUUUUAGCAACAUAAGGAGAGAAGAGGUUGACCAAAAGAUUGGAGAGUUGACCUGCCUUGUCAAGAGCCUAGCUUCAAAGGGAGUUGUUUUGUACUUUGGAGACCUCAAAUGGAUUGCUGAGUAUAGGGCGGCGGACGGGCGGCGAUCCGGCGGCGGCGGCUACUGCUCUGUGGAGCAUAUGGUCAUGGAGAUUGGGAGGUUAAUAAUGUGCAGUGGUGGCUAUAAUAAUAAGGUUUGGGUGGUUGGGAUUGCAACUUUCCACACUUUUAUGAGGUGCAAAAAUGGGUACCAUUCUUUGGAGUCUGUUUGGGGUUUGUACCCUUCUUUUGUUCCUGCUGGAUGUUUGGUCUUGAGCCUCAACCCUGCUGAAAGGGAUUUGCAAGUUGAUGAUCAAAGAAACAGCAAGGAAUCUGCAGAAAAUGGGUCCUCUUUGAUGAUGCUUGAAAACAAACACUCCCUACUAGAAAGAAACUUAAGUUUCCCACCACCUUCCCACUUCUCCUCUUCUUUCUUCUCACAUGAUAAAUACCAAGAAUACCCUUCUUUGACAAUGCACAUUUCUGGGAAUUCCAAACAAGUACUCCCAUUUUGGUCUAACCCCAACCCCACCCCUACUUCUCCGACCUCAAGCGAAACCAUGGAAACCGAAUACGUCCCCAGGUUCAAGGAACUAACCCCGGAGAAUAUGACCGCUUUGCGCGUCGCCUUGGAGGAAACGGCCCCUCGCCAGAAGGGCAUUAUCGGCAAAAUCGCGAGUAAAAUUUUGCAAUGUAGAUCAAGGGCUGAGAGAGAAGAGACAUGGCUGUUUUUCAAUGGCCCGGACGUCCACUCGAAGGAAAGGAUCGCGAUGGAGCUCGCUAAGGUCGUGUUUGGCUCUCCCUCAAAGUUCGUCUCCAUCAGCUUGAGCAGCUUCUGCUCCACAAGCCGAGCGGAGAUGAAUAAGCGAGGGAGAGACGAGCAGAGCUAUAGCUACAUUGAGAGGAUUGCGCGCGAAGUUUCGUUGGAUCCCCACAGAGUUUUUUUCAUAGAAGAUGUGGAGCAAGCGGAUUAUUGUUCCCAAACAAGACUUAAGAGGGCAAUAGAUAAGGGUAAGAUUGUCAUUGGUGGAGGAGAUGAGAAAGAAGUGAGUUUUGGAGAUGCCAUUAUCAUAUUCACAUGUGAGAGGUUUAGUUCAAAGUCUAGGGCUUGUUCUCCUCCAAAGAAUGAGAUAUUGUCAAGUGAUGAUUAUGACAAGGAAGAAACAAUUGCUUCAAGUUCUUGUGGGCUGUUGGAUUUGAAUAUCUCCAUAGACAAUCUUGAUGAUAGUCUUGAAGAAUUUAGCCUUCCUGAAACCGUUGAUCUAUGCGUUACGUUUAGUGCUAAGACUCGAGAAGAGGAGGACGAGGGCGAGGACGAUACAAGCAUUGUGAACACAUUCCUUCUCAAAUCUACACAAAACUUAAUGAAAUUCAUCCCAUGAGAACCUAGAGAGUGAAAGGAGUAGUUUGAUAGUAUUAAUUGCCAUUGAGGUCGCUGGAGAAAGCUGUUGUUGCAGGAAGUAUCGCAGUUCAAUCACCGGAAUCAUCGUUAAGCUUCAAGGUCAAUAGAAUGAUGUGACGUGAUCUUGGAGGCAGACGGAGGCGAGAUUGUCGGAAUGGAUGUGAUGGUUUUGAAUUAAAGAAUAUAAAUAAAUUAUGUUUGUGAUUAUGAUUUGUUAAGCUUCCGCAAUAUUGAAAACUCUGUACUGUUUGUGAUAUAAAAAAAUAUUAUUAUGAUAAAUAAAAGUGUUUGAAAAGU